AGAAGUGGUCACUUCACCACCGGUCAGUUUAUGGCAGUCUUUGUUCGAUAACCGAUCGAAGAACAACACGAAAGUGAUGAUCGAUUCUCCGCUUUCGUGAUCGGAUUGAAAGUGAAACAACGUGUGAAGAUUUUGGACAUUUCUUGAAAGAUCAGGUAUAGUUCGUUUUCCAUAUAAGUGACGCAUGCGCACUGAAUGGCGACGAAAGCGACUAAACGCAGCUCGAGUGGCGCUGAGUACCGCGGUGUCGCCUACUCAACUCCAAGAAGGAAAACGACGCAUCGCGAAAGUGGUCUCGUUUGCUUCACCUGCAGCGUUUGCUGUAUCCUCAGCCUAAUUUGCACAUGUCUGGCCACGUUGCUGGUGCUUGUCGAUCAAAAAGUCGAGGCAGCCGUCCUUCAAUACCGUUUUACCACAAUGAACAAGGACACCAUCUCCGAUUUGUCGUUCCGUUUACCGAAGGAAGUGAAACCCUUGCACUAUGAUGUAUAUUUGCAUCCGGACUUGAACAAGGGCACCUUCCAGGGCAAAGUCACUAUACUGAUUGAUGUUCUGGAUACAAGAAGAUUCAUAGCGCUGCAUCAGAAGGAACUGAAUAUUACGUCUACGGUGUUGAAGACAUAUGAUAGGGAGGAAAAUUAUGAGUUGGAGGUGCUGGAUGUUGUACAGAUCCCGAAACACGAGAUGUUCGUGGUGGGGACCAAGAAUGAACUGCACACGGGACUUUAUAAUUUGAGCAUCGAGUUCAAUGGCGCUUUGCAACCUGAUAAAAUUGUUGGGUUCUAUUCGAGCAAAUAUACUGACUCGCAGAAUAGGACUAGAUACAUCGCCACAUCAAAGUUCGAACCAACAUACGCAAGAAGAGCGUUUCCAUGUUUCGACGAACCAGCGUUCAAAGCGGAAUUCACGGUGAAACUAGUACAUCCAACCGGAGAGUACAAUGCCUUAUCAAACAUGAAUUCCGAGUGUACAGAAAUGAAUCAACCAUCCCAAGGAUUAACAACGGUGACAUUUGCUAAAAGCGUGCCGAUGUCCACGUACUUAGCUUGUUUCAUAGUCAGCGAUUUCGUGGCGCUUACCAAAAUGGCGAACGGUCUCGAUGGCCGUCAGUUUCCGGUUAGCGUGUAUACGACCAGAGAUCAGCAACAGAAAGGCUGGUUUGCUCUCGAUGUCGGUGUGAUGAUUAUCGAAUAUUAUAUCAAGCUGUUUGGCAUCGAUUAUCCUUUGCCAAAACUUGACAUGGCGGCCAUUCCAGACUUCGUAUCCGGUGCCAUGGAAAACUGGGGACUUGUCACAUACAGAGAAGCAAGAUUAUUAUUCGAUGAGAAGUCGAGUGCCACUUCAAAGACCUAUGACAUCCUCACUAUAAUUAGUCACGAGUUUGCUCAUAUGUGGUUUGGAAAUUUGGUCACUAUGUCCUGGUGGAACGAUUUGUGGCUGAACGAGGGUUUUGCGUCCUUCAUGCAAUACAAAAGUGCUGAUGGCGUUUUCCCUGGUUGGGGUCUGAUGGAAAUGUUCCUCAUCGAACAAAUGCACUCAGUCUUCGUAACAGACGCGAAAUUAAGCUCUCACCCUAUCGUCCAAACAGUCAGCAACCCCGACGAAAUAACAGCGAUCUUCGACGAAAUUUCUUACAAAAAGGGUUCCUCGGUCAUUCGAAUGAUGGAAAAUUUCAUAGGACCCGACGUGUUCUACGGUGCCAUCACUGCCUACUUGAACAAAUUCAAGUAUCACAACGCGGAGACCGCUGAUCUUUUCAAGAUAUUGCAAGACUCUUCUCCGGAUAAAUUGAACGUAACUGCUAUUAUGGAUACGUGGACCAGACAGAAAGGAUUUCCGGUUGUUAACGUGAAGCGAACGGGCAAUAAUUAUAUGCUGACUCAGAAGCGAUUCCUCGCUGAUCCCGAUGCUCAGUUCGAUGUUUCAGAAUCGGAAUACGGGUACAAGUGGACCAUACCCAUCACUUACAUCUCCAACAAAACAUCCAAACCUGCGCUUCUAUGGUUCAACAAGGAUGCCAGCUACUUACUGAUCGAGUUUAAGGAGCCACAAGAAUGGAUCAAGUUCAAUGCGGAUGAAGUCGGCUAUUAUCGAGUGAAUUACGAAACAAGCGAAUGGAACGCUCUCAACAAACUUCUACAAUCUGCUCACACGAGAUUGUCGGUGUCGGACAGAGCGCAUCUUCUGGAAGACUCCUUCAGCUUAGCAAGCGCUGGAGAGCUCGAAUAUGAAAUAGCGAUGAACAUGACAGGGUAUCUCUCCAGAGAAAGCCACCCCAUUCCGUGGAGCGUUGCGUCCUCUAAAUUGACUGCUAUCGACACCCUAUUGUCGUCAACCCCCUCCUCAGCAAAAUUCAAGCAAUACGUAAGAAAUUUGGUGAGCUCCAUCUACGAAGAAGUAGGGUGGACCGUGGACAGCAACGAGGAUCGCAUUCAUUUGAAACUUCGAACGACGAUUCUCGGACUGGCCUGCUCGGUGGAGCACGGAAAGUGCCUGGAGGACGCUGGAAAAUUGUUCAAGAACUGGACAGAGAAUCCCAAGGAUGUUCGUCCGCAUCCUGACAUCCGCAGCCUAGUUUAUUAUUACGGAAUGCAUCACGUUGGCGAUGAGGCUUCGUGGAACAUCGUGUUCAAGAAGUUUGUCGCUGAGAGCGACGCUGCGGAGAAGCUGAUGCUGCUGAAGGGACUGACUGCCAUACGAUCUGUUUGGAUUUUGAACAAAUUCAUCACAACAGCCACAGACGAGAACUACGUCCGCUCUCAGGACUUCUUAAACUGCUUAACCGCCAUAUCUGAGAAUCCUCUGGGAACACCAUUGGUCUGGGACUGGGUACGGUCCAACUGGGACUUCCUAGUGAACAGGUACACCUUGAACGAUCGAUACCUCGGUUCGUUGAUUCCAUCGAUCACGAAGACCUUCGCGACGGAGACUCGUCUGGAAGAAAUGAAGGCGUUCUUCGCGAAAUAUCCAGACGCUGGCGCUGGCGCCAUGAACCGAGCGAAAGCUUUGGAAACUGUAUCGAAUAACAUCAAAUGGUUGGUGAAGAACCGGGAGAAAUUGGACAAUUGGUUGAAAGCUUAUGGACAAUGUGAUUGCGAUUGAAGAGAUGUGUGAUUUCUGAAGAUUAUAAAUAUUUACAGAAACUUAACCGGAGGAUGGCAAUUGUGGCAAUUUACUGAGAAUCGACUGAAAUUGGUUACUUAAAUAUUUUUAAAAAAUAGUAUACAAAAAUUUGAAAAUUAUACAGCCAGCCAAUUCAUUUGAAGGUUAAGUUAAAUAGUAGUAAAAAAGAUUCUAUAAAUUUGAUCUCUUUAAAUCACAUUUUACUGAAACUUUCAUAUAAAUUAUAAUUUUCUGGGAGUUGAGGUUAAAAAUCAAAGCUUUGUUCAAAAUUUUUUUUGGAAACAGAUAUACUUAAAUAUUUGUUCUCAGGACAACGAGGAACAUGCUUUAUAAAACAUGCAUUUAACUUUUUUACUUCACACAUUUUGUAAGAAUGUUUGUAUACAAGAAGCUUUGUAAUGUUUUUUCGACGAAUAAAACACGGUACAAGUAAAUCUA